GUUUUGAUUUUGAUAGCAUUACAGCCUAGUAGUAUUACAGCUAAGUGUUUAGUGUUUUUGCAUUCGUUCAAGUGAGUGGAUCUAACCGCGAGAGGAAUACACCGCAGUUGUGGCAUAUUUUCAUCAGCAGUCUGCUGCUUCCGCAAUGCAGCUCAUCACCUACGAUUUCAUUUCCGGCUGUUUCGGCGGAGCAUGCGGGGUUCUGGUGGGACAUCCGCUGGACACGAUCAAAACCUGGCAGCAGUUUUCCAAUCAUAAAAUUCGGGCAUCGGUCUACAAUAUAAUCGUGCGUCAUAAUGGACUUGCGGGAUUCUACAAAGGAAUGUUCUUCCCAUUGAUGACGAGUGGAGCGUUGAACUCGGUUGUGUUUGCAGUGUAUGGAGAGUACAUGCGACAGCUUCAAUCCCAGUGCCUAACAAAUCGCGAACGGCAGCAGAAUUGGCCAAAACACGUCCUUCUGGCGGGAUCGGUGGCCGGCGUUACUCAAGUUUUCCUGGGCUGCCCCAUUGAGGUCGUCAAAGUUCGACUCCAAACAUUGCGAUAUAUCGGUCGGCCGUGGCGUUGCCUGAGGGACAUUCACCGCAUAGAAGGUCUGUCGGGCAUCUACCGUGGCAUUACGCCGAUGAUGUUCCGCGACGUGCUACCGUACGGAAUCUACAUGCUGGUGUACGAGUACAUGCUGGGCAUCGAGGAACGGAUGCACCGGAUGAAGCGCGAUCGACUGUCCAGUGGUUCGGGCGGUGUGGUGAUCGGCAGUCCGUACGACGCUUCGUUGAUCGCAAUGGCGGGUGCCGCGGCUGGGAUCAUUUCGUGGAUGUUUAUCGUGCCGUUCGAUGUGAUCAAAACGGUGAUGCAAUCGGAGACGGAUCCAACGGUGCACAAAAAUAUGCUGCACUGCUGCCAGACGUUGAUGGAGAGGCAUGGUUGGAGGUCGCUGUUCAGAGGAAGCUUUAUGGUGAUUGCCAGGGCAGCUCCAGUCAACUCUAUUACAUUUCUGGGCUACGAAUGGUGCUUAGGACAGUGUCACAAGUAUUUCGGAAAUGGAGAUAAGAGAAGCUUCUGGUCAUAAUAUGAUCAGUUAUUUUAAAGUUAUUUUAGGAAGUAAGAUAAAUCUCUGUAAAGGUAUAAAGUCUAAUUGAAAUUUUAUUUUUAUUAUUUUAAAAAUAUUUUUAAUGAGUUUUAUUAC